GAUUUAUUGAUGCCUUUCAAGCAAAGGAGAUUCCCCCGCUGUUUAAAAUAUUUUCUUUUAGAAAACAGACAUCUUGCUUGAUGCCCCCUGCCUCUGGAGGAAAGAAGGACAAAAGUUUUACCCACGUGUUCAAUCUCAAAAAUCGGGUCCAGCGGUUUUUAGAAAUAUCUCCGUUUAUGUAGCGGCUGCUGUCUGUUCUCGUCCAUUGAGAAGCCGUGCGAUGGUCUGACUCAGCACACCUGCUUUUCGAUAGUUACACUAUUGCUUGGUCCGUGGUGGCGAUGAAAUCUGGGGUUUGCCCUCUUGGCAACGUUUGGCAUGCCGAAAGAAAAUUGGGGGAGAGACAUGAACAUCUUUACGAACUAUGAUGACAAGGGGGUUACAUCGCAAAGUUGGAGGACCCGUGCCAAGGCAGAAGCAUGGGAACUAGCCUUCUAUACGCCCGCGGGAUAUAUGGCUGCGCUUUGCCAUGGCGAUCGAAACCUAGAGGCGAUCGCUAGGCUCCGGUGCACCGGCUAUGAUACACAAGGAGGCUAUCUGCGGUUUGAGCCAGCAGCACCAUCCUCAUCCGCGGAUGGCGAGGUUGUCAGCAGUGCUACUACUAGCAACGACCAUUUUGUCAUAACUCACAAUCCACCGUCAUCGCUAAAGCUUAUUUGCGCACAAUGGCCGUGCCCUCCAACAGCUGAGGAUCAGACGCUCAACAUCCCCAUAGUUUGGAGCCCAGGUGUAUACCAGCAGCGGCUGGAUGGGGACCAAGGUGGAGAAGCAGGACAGAUCCAGUUUAGCAUUGUUGGGCAACAAUGGGGGGAUAAUACGUUCUGUAAUCAGUGUCGUACCAUGCACCGACCAUCAAACGACCACCCUAGUUAUAGCAGUAGCAAUGGUAACAAUGAUGGCAUGAAGAUCAGGUUCCAGAGUGCCCUUGUCACGUUUGAAUGGUUGCAACAAGGCUUACAAUACAAUAAAGAAGAGGUGUUCUGA